UGCGAGGAUGUCGCCCCGGGAAGAUCGUCCAGAUGACGGAGGCAGAAGUGCGCGGCCUGUGUAUAAAAUCUCGCGAGAUCUUCCUCAGCCAGCCCAUCCUGCUGGAACUGGAGGCCCCACUAAAGAUUUGCGGCGACAUUCACGGGCAGUACACAGACUUGCUGCGGUUGUUUGAAUAUGGCGGCUUCCCUCCAGAAGCCAAUUACCUCUUCCUAGGAGAUUACGUGGACAGAGGGAAGCAAUCGCUGGAGACCAUCUGUCUGCUUCUGGCGUAUAAAAUCAAAUAUCCAGAGAACUUCUUCCUGCUUCGGGGAAACCACGAGUGCGCCAGCAUCAACCGGAUCUACGGCUUCUACGAUGAAUGUAAACGGAGGUUUAAUAUAAAGCUGUGGAAGACUUUCACCGACUGUUUCAACUGUCUGCCGAUCGCCGCCAUCGUGGAUGAGAAGAUCUUCUGCUGCCAUGGAGGACUUUCUCCUGAUCUGCAGUCCAUGGAACAGAUCCGCAGAAUCAUGCGGCCCACAGACGUCCCCGACACAGGUUUGCUGUGUGACUUGUUGUGGUCGGACCCCGAUAAAGACGUACAAGGCUGGGGGGAGAACGACCGCGGCGUCUCCUUCACGUUCGGCGCAGACGUCGUCAGCAAAUUCCUGAAUCGACACGACUUGGAUCUGAUUUGUCGAGCUCAUCAGGUAGUAGAAGAUGGUUAUGAAUUCUUUGCCAAGCGGCAGCUGGUCACGCUGUUCUCCGCUCCGAACUACUGCGGGGAGUUCGAUAACGCCGGAGGGAUGAUGAGCGUGGACGAGACUUUGAUGUGCUCCUUCCAGAUCUUGAAGCCUUCAGAAAAGAAAGCGAAGUACCAGUACGGUGGGCUGAACUCCGGCCGCCCAGUGACGCCCCCUCGGACAGCGAACCCGCCGAAGAAGAGGUGAAGAGCAUCCCCUCCUCCGAAGACCCGAACCCCCUACAAAGACGACUCCACCUUAUAUUAAACGUGUGCACUGUUUAACAUCACCCAGCCAUUCUGACCCUCCUUUACAAAUGUCACAUGCGUUUAUCUUCCACGAGACAAAAGAUUCCAGAGUUUUAAUCUGCGCUUCACUCCCCAAAUACGAGUAUAGAAACGUACCGCUACAAACCCCGCCCAUCUCCCGCCACGGCACUGCAGACUCCUCCUCCAUAACAUAGUCCAGCCCCCCAAAAAAAGGAAACCUGCAAAUCCCGUGACCCAAAAAAAUCUGGCCAGGGUCACAAAGCAGUGUCUGUCAUUGUCACGCCGUGGCCGACGCGUUUCAUUAACCCUUUCAUUUCCAGCCCCCAAAACUUUAAUGUAUGUUCUGGCGGGAGGGGGCGUGGCUCCCGAUCGCUCUGGCAUUGAAGGGGUUAGACCAUUUGUCUCCUGAAGCCUCACUGCUUUUAUCAUAUAUUUUUUUUUUAAUAGUGUGUUGGUUGUAAUUUCUGACUUUUCCCCUUUAAGAGAAAAAUAAGAAAUCACCCGUUGUGUUCUGUGGUAUUUUUCGCUUUUUCCACUUUGGCUGUUUUUUGUUUAGUUUUUUUUUUCCCUCUUUCAGUCUCACUUUAGACCAGCGACCACUUUGGGGGGUUCUUUACCUGCUUUUGACAAUAAAGAUUACUCUUCUUGGUA